GAGAGAGACGAAGAAAAGAACCUGUUCUUGCCCAGAACGGAGUUUGGUUUUUCGGAACCCUCCCAUUCAUCCAUUUAUCGAUUCUUGUCCAUCCCCAUCUUCCUUCACCUAUUCUCUUUCACCUCUUCUUUUUCCUGGAAAGCAAAAGAAAGAAAAAAAGGGGGAAAGAAGAACAAAGAGAACUGAAGGAAGAAGAUUAAAAAAGGGGAAUACCCAGGUAAUUAAUUUGGCGAAAUUUCCGAUUUUGAUAACUGGGUGUUUCUCUUUUUUCUUUUUCUUUUUUUCCUUAACCAGUGGAAGGUUUUGGUGAGUUGAUGGACUUGGACAGCAUUGAGUGUGUGUCAUCCUUGGAUGGCAUGGAUGAGGAUGAGAUCCACCCUCACCAUCACUCUGAGUUUUCUUCCACAAAACCUCGCAAUGGAGGCACAAAUAACAAUAAUAAUAUGGGCCCCACCGCCAUUACUCCAGCAACCAGCGUUCAUGAGUUGUUAGAAUGCCCUGUGUGUACUAAUUCAAUGUACCCACCAAUUCAUCAGUGUCACAAUGGCCACACACUGUGUUCCACAUGUAAAACAAGGGUGCACAACCGAUGUCCCACUUGUAGACAGGAGCUUGGAGAUAUUAGGUGUCUGGCACUGGAGAAGGUGGCUGAAUCACUUGAGUUACCUUGCAAGUACUACAACCUUGGAUGUCCAGAAAUCUUUCCGUACUAUAGCAAGCUUAAGCAUGAGACAGUAUGUAAUUUUAGACCAUAUAGUUGUCCUUAUGCUGGAUCAGAGUGUUCUGUUGUUGGGGACAUUCCCUUCCUUGUUGCUCAUUUGAGGGACGAUCAUAAGGUGGACAUGCACACCGGAUGCACAUUCAACCAUCGUUAUGUGAAGUCAAAUCCCCGUGAAGUUGAGAAUGCAACCUGGAUGCUCACGGUAUUUCAUUGUUUUGGCCAAUAUUUCUGCCUUCAUUUUGAAGCUUUCCAGCUUGGCAUGGCCCCUGUUUACAUGGCAUUCCUUCGUUUUAUGGGUGAUGAGAAUGAGGCUCGGAACUAUAGCUAUAGCCUAGAGGUUGGGGCCAAUGGCAGGAAGCUCAUUUGGGAGGGGACGCCAAGAAGUAUUAGGGAUAGCCACCGUAAAGUCAGGGAUAGCCAUGACGGUCUCAUUAUUCAACGAAAUAUGGCCCUUUUUUUCUCUGGUGGGGAUAGGAAGGAGCUCAAACUCAGAGUUACGGGAAGAAUAUGGAAGGAACAGAAUGCAGAUGCUGGUGUGUGCGUACCAAAUCUCUCUAGCUGACAUGUUAUUUGAAGGGCAUUUUCAUCGUCUGUGUUUGGGACACCUGUAUUUACACCAACUUUUUGCUUCUUGUAAUAGAUUAAAGGUACUAAGGUGGCUCUGAAAUUUUCAGUUUUCUUAAGCUAUGUAAUAAACAAGUUUUUCUUCCUUUAAAAUUGGCUUGAUCAGAACUGGAAUUCGUCUUUCUUGGUCUGAACCCUGAAGUUAAGUUUGGUGCCA